AUGGCGGAUAAGCCACCGCAGAUCGCCAUACUUGGUGCCGGCAUCUUUGUUCGAAGUACUUACAUUCCCCGGCUGGCUGAACUAUCCAACCUAUUCGAAUCAGCCAGAGGUGCUGCUGAGAUUGCUAAGAAGUUUUUUCCGGAUGUCGAAUGUAAGUGGGGAGAGGAAGGACUUGACGAGAUUAUUCGAGAUGCUUCCAUUACUGGUGUAAUCGUGGCCCUUGCCGGCCAGACUCAGGUUGAUAUGUCACUGAGGUUGCUGAAGGGUGGAAAACAUGUCCUUCAAGAGAAACCGGCUGUAGCUUCUGGUGGUGAACUCGAAAAAGCGAUUUCGGACUACAACUCUCUCAAGCCUGCACCAAUUUGGGCAGUGGCUGAAAACUAUCGGUUUGAACCCGCUUUUGUGGAGGGAAGAAAACUGAUGUCUGAAAUUGGAGAUAUUAUUAAUAUACAUGUGAUUAUUGAAGGAUCAAUGAACAGCUCAAAUCCAUACUAUUCAACUUCAUGGAGGCAUGCCUUAACUGGUGGUUUCAUUCUAGACAUGGGUGUUCAUUUCAUUUCUGGUUUAAGAAUGCUGGCUGGAUGUGAAAUAACUUCAGUGUCAGCCGUUACGUCUCACGUUGACUCAACUAUGCCUCCACCUGAUCACAUCUCCUCAACAAUUCAACUGGAGAACGGGAGUUCAGGAGUUUUCGUGAUGGUGGUAUCCUCUAAAUCUCCAAAGGUGGUUCAUUUUACGGCUGAUGGACAAAGCAAAAGCUGGUUUUAUCCUUUCAGUGGUGUGACUGAGGAGCUUAAAGCAUUUCUUUCUGAUAUAUCACAGGCGACCGUUAAGAAUGAUGGCAGCUUCCAAGUUGAGCCUCGGCUUGCUUUUCUUGAAGGUGCUCGAGAUGUUGCUGUUCUGGCUGCAAUUCUCGAAUCUGGAGAGAAGCAAGGUGUACCAGUACAAGUAAAAAAGAUAUAG